AUGUCGCAUCUCUGGCAUCGUCCCAAAACCUCGGACGGAAACCUGCUUACUCCAGGUCACAAGGUUUCCUUCUCCGACUCUUCCAAAUCUUCCAACAAAAGAGAUAGCGGCAGACCCUCCACCGCCUCCAAUUCCCGCCCGUCUUCUCCAGCUGCCCCGCAGCCAAGAGCUGCUUCUCAACAGAGAAGGUCGUCUUCCACAAGAGCUUCUUCCCAGCAGAUAUGGGGAGACAAUCGGAACUUUCAGCGCAUCAAUCGACAAAGUGAGGCAUUGUGGCAAUCCACUCUUGUAUCUCCAACAGCCCCACAGCCUAAACCCUUUCUCAUCUAUCACGACUCCUUCCUUCCCCUCCUUGGGCCCAAUCCGACUCUUCAACUCCUAAUACACGACCCCCGCGCUCCCUAUUUCCAUGAAGCUGGCGUCUUCCACCCUCCAACCAACACCCUCUUCAUAACCUCAAACCAGCUUGAAGACUCCUCUCCGGACGCGGUUACCACUCGCAACAAGACAAUCGUCAUCACCAAAAUCGAGUUUUUCUCUCCCACCGAUUUCACGCGCGACAAGGUACGAUGCCCAGAGCGCAAUUACAUGGCCAAUGGCGGAACCAACUACCGCGAUGGCCUCAUCAUCUGUGCGCAAGGUUCACUCCGUGAACCCUCUGGCCUUAUAUAUAUGGAAGCCAAACGGCCCCAUAAAACCACUACUCUCCUCAAUAACUACCAUUCACGCCCCUUCAACUCUCCCAACGACGUCGUUGUCCACUCUGACGGCUCGAUCUGGUUCACAGAUCCAAUCUACGGCUAUGAGCAAGGUUUCCGACCCAAACCACAACUACCGCAGCUUGUUUACCGCUUUGACCCCAGCACAGGCGAUAUCAGAGUGGUAGCGGACGGUUUCGGCAGGCCAAAUGGCAUCUGUUUUUGCCCAGACGAAACCACAGUCUACAUCACCGAUACCGAUCUCAUCCAUGGCGACGGUAACACCGAUUACCGUCGCGCUGCCACUAUAUACGCAUACUCCGUUCUUUGGGAACAUGACUCCCCUUACCUGACCAAUCGCCGGGUGUUUGCCUAUGCGGACACGGGUGCGCCGGAUGGCAUCAAAUGUGAUGUGUUCGGCAACGUGUACAGCGGCUGCGGAGACGGUAUAAACAUCUGGAAUCCGGCUGGGAUGCUGAUUGGGAAAAUACAGAUAGAGGGUGGUUGUGCGAAUUUCUGCUUCGGAAGGAACGGCGAGAUGUGGUGUUUUGGGGAGUUCAAGCUUUGGAGGGUGAAGAUGGGGGACGAGACGAGAGGGGCGUUGUUGGGAGUUUGA